AUGCGUGCUCUGCGCUCCGUCGCCCCUGUGGCGCGCGGCAUGCCUGUGCGUGCCGCUGUUCCUGUGGCGAACCAGGCGCGGAACGUGCGUGGCGCCGCGCUUCCCCCGCGCGCGCUCGGUGCGCUGCGCACUUACGCCACGGAGUCGGGCAAGUUUGUGCGUACCAAGCCGCACAUGAACAUUGGUACGAUCGGCCACGUCGACCACGGCAAGACCACGCUCACGGCCGCCAUCACCAAGGUUCUCCACGAGAACUCGGGCAACGGCAAGUUUGUCGACUACGCCUCGAUCGACAAGGCCCCUGAGGAGAAGGCGCGUGGUAUCACCAUCUCCACCGCCCACGUCGAGUACGAGACGGGCGGCCGCCACUAUGCGCACGUCGACUGCCCCGGUCACGCCGACUACAUCCGUAACAUGAUUACGGGUGCCGCUCAGAUGGACGGUGCGAUCAUUGUCGUGUCGGCUACCGACGGUCAGAUGCCCCAGACUCGUGAGCACCUGCUGCUCGCGCGCCAGGUCGGUAUCAAGAAGCUGGUCGUGUUCGUGAACAAGGUCGACCAGGUCGACGACAAGGAGAUGCUCGAGCUCGUCGACAUGGAGAUGCGCGAGCUCCUGUCGACCUACGGCUUUGACGGUGACAACACCCCGAUCGUCUCGGGCUCGGCCCUUGCUGCGCUCGAGAGCCGCGACGACGAGAUCGGCAAGAACGCCAUCCUGAAGCUCAUGGAGGAGACCGACGCGUGGCUCGACCUCCCCCCGCGUGACCUCGACAGGCCCUUCCUGAUGCCCGUCGAGGACGUUUUCUCCAUCUCGGGUCGUGGUACCGUCGUGACGGGCCGUGUGGAGCGUGGUACGAUUACCAAGGGCUCCGAGAUUGAGAUCAUUGGUCUCGGCAACCAGCUCAAGACCACGCUCACCGGUAUCGAGAUGUUCCACAAGGAGCUCGACCGUGGUGAGGCGGGUGACAACAUGGGUGCCCUGCUGCGUGGUGUGAAGCGUGAGCAGAUCCGCCGUGGUCAGGUGCUCAUUGUCCCCGGCUCGGUGAAGCCCGUGAAGAAGUUCAUGGCGCAGUGCUACAUCCUGACCAAGGAGGAGGGCGGUCGCUACACCCCCUUUAUGAACAACCAGUACCGUCCGCAAAUGUUCAUCCGCACGUCCGACGUGACCGUCUCGCUGACGCACCCUCCGGGUACGGAGAACGCCGAGGAGGCCAUGGUCAUGCCCGGUGACAACGUUGAGCUUGUCUGCGACCUUGUCCACGACAUUGCGCUCGAGGAGGGCUCGCGCUUCACCCUCCGCGAGGGCGGCAAGACGAUCGGCACCGGCAUCGUGACCAAGAUCAUGGGCUAA